CGCGCGGGGGGAGCCGAGGCUGCUACAGUGGAAUACUUUGUUUUGAAAAGUUCUUAUUGCAUAAGACAUCAUCAAUUCAUAAUCAGAGGGUUGGUCAUAUUCAGUCAAGAGGCUGCGUUUUCUGAAUAUCCGUAAGUGGUUUAUAAUUAAAACUAAGGAUAAGUAAACACAGCACAAAUUUGACAACUGACGAGGGAGGAGAGUCAACUGAGAAGAGGUUUAUGUAACAUCAGUUUCAUCUCAACGUCAUGGGGGAGAUUAAAGUCUCUCCCGACUAUAACUGGUUCAGAAGUACGGUUCCUCUGAAGAAGAUCAUAGUAGAUGAUGAUGACAGUAAAGUGUGGUCAUUAUAUGAUGCAGGACCCAAGAACAUCAGAUGCCCACUCAUAUUUCUUCCACCUGUAAGUGGAACUGCAGAUGUGUUUUUCCAGCAGAUUUUGGCACUCACUGGAUGGGGUUACAGAGUUAUUGCUUUGCAGUAUCCAGUAUAUUGGGACCAUCUUGAGUUCUGCGAUGGAUUCAGAAAACUACUAGACCACCUACAGCUGGAUAAAGUUCACCUUUUUGGGGCUUCUUUGGGAGGCUUUUUGGCUCAAAAAUUUGCUGAGUACACACACAAAUCCCCCAGAGUUCAGUCUUUGAUCCUGUGUAAUGCUUUCUGUGACACUACCAUCUUUAACCAGACAUGGACUGCAAACAGCUUUUGGCUAAUGCCUGCAUUUAUGCUGAAGAAAAUUGUUCUUGGAAACUUUGCUUCUGGUCCUUUAGAUCCUGUAAUGGCAGAUGGAAUUGAUUUCAUGGUUGACAGGUUGGAAAGCCUGGGCCAGAGUGAGUUAGCUUCAAGACUUACCCUGAACUGCCAGAACUCCUACGUGGAACCUCAUAAAAUUCGAGACAUUCCUGUAACUAUUAUGGAUGUGUUUGAUCCGAGUGCACUUUCAACCGAAGCUAAAGAAGAAAUGUAUAAACUCUACCCCAAUGCCAGACGAGCUCACCUUAAAACGGGAGGCAAUUUCCCUUAUCUCUGCAGAAGUGCUGAAGUCAAUCUCUACAUCCAAAUACACUUAUUGCAGUUCCACGGUACGCGAUAUGCAGCUAUUGACCCCUCUAUGGUUAGCGCAGAAGAACUGGAAGUCCAGAAAGCCAAGCUUCAGAACAGCAACGAACAAGAGCAGCAGUAACUCUCUUACUGACUGUUAAAGCAGCAAACCAAUCUGGUGGUCUUCCUGUAUAAUCCGCUGUUUCCAAUCGGCCUUUUCUUAUGUUAGCCGGUUAUCACUGUGUAAUGCCAAUAGGGUUGAUAUUAUUCAGUAAAAUGCAACCAAGAACAGUCAUCUACAGCAGUGUAUCAGGAAACGUGUUUGUUUUAGCCUUGGAAUUUAAGAAAGUAUCGUUGAGAAGGCUCCAGUUUUAAAGAACUGAGAUACGUUUUGCUACCAAAGUUUUCACCAUCAUGUUCUUAAAAAUGGAACCCUGUUGUUUUUUUUUAACGUUGUCAUUUAGCUGUAUAUAUUGCACAUGUAGGUUCUGUUUCUUAAAAGCUCAUCUAUAGUUUUGUGGACUCUGGAUUAAAAAAAUGCUGAAGUGCCAAUGUUGCCAUCACUUUUUGCCUCCUAUGUUAUGUUGCGAGUUAGUUACUUUAUUUCUAUCUGAAAUAAAAGCAUGAAAAUUUUUAACUUUCUUGCUAGCUGUAACAAUGGUUUUCAAUAAAUCUUCAUUUUCAA